GCGUCGCUGUCGCGGCCGCGGCUCCGCUCAGGCUCGGGCUGGCCCUGCGCGGCUUCGGGCUGCCCAUGGGGCGCGGGGGGCCGGGCCGGUGACGCCGGACGCCCAUGGACGCCCCUGAGGAGCCGCUGCCGCCGGUGAUCUACACCAUGGAGAACAAGCCCAUCGUCACCUGUGCUGGAGAUCAGAACUUAUUUACCUCUAUUUAUCCAACGCUUUCCCAGCAACUUCCGAGAGAGCCGAUGGAAUGGAGAAGGUCCUAUGGCCGGGCUCCGAAGAUGAUUCACCUCGAAUCUAACUUUGUUCAAUUCAAGGAGGAGCUGCUGCCCAAAGAAGGAAACAAAGCCCUGCUCACUUUCCCCUUCCUUCAUAUUUACUGGACGGAGUGCUGUGAUACUGAAGUGUAUAAAGCUACAGUAAAAGACGACCUUACAAAGUGGCAAAAUGUUCUGAAAUCUCAUAGCUCGGUGGACUGGUUAAUAGUAGUAGUUGAAAAUGACGCCAAGAAAAAAAACAAAACCAACAUCCUUCCUCGAACUUCUAUUGUGGACAAAAUAAGGAAUGACUUUUGUAAUAAACAGAGUGACAGGUGUGUUGUGCUCUCCGACCCCUUGAAGGACUCCUCCCGAACUCAGGAAUCCUGGAAUGCCUUCCUGACCAAACUCAGGACAUUGCUUCUUAUGUCUUUUACCAAGAACCUGGGCAAGUUUGAGGAUGACAUGAGAACCUUGAGGGAGAAGAGGACUGAGCCUGGCUGGAGCUUCUGUGAAUACUUCAUGGUUCAGGAGGAACUUGCCUUUGUUUUUGAGAUGCUGCAGCAGUUUGAAGACGCCCUGGUGCAGUACGAUGAGCUGGACGCCCUGUUUUCUCAGUAUGUUGUCAACUUUGGUGCUGGGGAUGGUGCCAACUGGCUGACUUUUUUCUGCCAGCCGGUGAAGAGCUGGAAUGGACUGAUCCUCCGAAAGCCCAUAGAUAUGGAGAAGCGCGAAUUGAUACAGAGGCAAGAAGCCACCCUGUUAGAUCUGCGCAGUUACCUGUUCUCUCGCCAGUGCACCCUGCUCCUCUUCCUGCAGAGGCCGUGGGAGGUGGCUCAGCGCGCCCUCGAGCUGCUGCACAGCUGUGUGCAGGAGCUGGAGCUCUUGGACGUCUCCGUCCCGCCCGGCGCUCUGGACUGCUGGGUGUUUCUGAGCUGUCUGGAGGUGCUGCAGAGGAUCGAAGGUUGCUGUGACCGGGUGCAGAUAGACUCCAACAUUGCCCACACCGUGGGUUUGUGGAGCUACGCCACCGAGAAGCUGAAGUCCUUGGGCUACCUGUGUGGGCUUGUGUCUGAGAAGGGCCCUAACUCAGAAGACCUCAACAGGACAGUUGACCUUUUGGCGGGCUUGGGAGCCGAGCGACCAGAAACAGCCAACACAGCUCAGAGUCCUUAUAAGAAACUCAAAGAAGCAUUGUCAUCAGUAGAAGCUUUUGAAAAACACUACUUAGACUUGUCCCAUGCUACCAUUGAAAUGUAUACGAGCAUCGGGAGGAUUCGAUCUGCUAAGUUCGUUGGAAAGGAUCUGGCAGAGUUUUACAUGAGGAAGAAGUCCCCACAAAAGGCAGAAGUCUAUCUUCAGGGAGCGCUGAAGAAUUACCUGGCUGAGGGCUGGGCCCUGCCUGUCACGCACACAAGGAAGCAGCUAGCCGAAUGUCAAAAGCGCCUCGGACAAAUUGAGAACUACCUGCAGACCAGCAGCCUCUUAGCCAGCGACUGUCACCUGACCGAGGAGGAGCGGGAGUCCUUCUGCAGGGAGAUACUCAGCUUUGCCGGCCAGCAGACGGACAGCCCAGGUCACAAGAUAGUACUGCCCCUGCAUUCUUUUGCACACCUGAGAGACCUCCGCUUCACCCCACCCAACGCUGUGGUCCACGUGGGAGGCGUUCUGUCCGUGGAGAUAACUGUGUGCAGUCAGAUGCCUGUCCCCGUCCAGGUGGAGCAGAUCGCCAUCCAUGUCCACUUCAGCAUCGAGAAGAACAACUACCGGAAGACUGCUGAGUGGCUCACCAAGCACAGGGCGGCCGGCGGGCUGGUCAGCUUUCCCACGGAGGCUGCGCCUUGCCCUGCACCGCAGAGCAGCCUGCCCGCGCUGGAGCUGUGUGAGAUGUUUGAGAGAAGCCCUUCUGACAACUCCUUGAACACCACAGGGAUUAUAUGCAAAAAUGUUCACAUGCUCCUGAGGAGGCAGGAGAGCGGGGCUGCUCUGGAAGCAUCCACGGGCGUGGCCCUGGAGGACGGGGCCCAUGUGCUGAAGUGCACCAGUGUGACCCUAGAACCAGGGGCCAAUACCAUAACCUUCCGGACGCAGGCCAGGGAGCCCGGGACCUACACGCUGCGGCAGCUGUGCGCCUCGCUGGGCCCCGUGUGCUUCGUGCUCCCGCACAUCCAGCCCCCGGUGCAGUACGACGUGUACUCCCAGGAGCCGCAGCUGCGUGUGGAGCCGCUGGCCGAUAGCCUUUUGGCUGGUAUUCCUCAGAAGGUCAAGUUCACUGUCACUACUGGCCAUUAUACUGUAAAAAACGGGGACAGCCUCCAGCUGAGCAACAUAGAAGCCAUGCUCAUCCUGUGUCACGCGGAGAACAGAGCUGUGAUCUACUCCAACACAAGAGAAAAGGCUUCUGACGCAGCGCUCCGGGUUCAGUCGUCUGACAAGGUCACGAGCAUCAGUCUGCCGGCCGCCCCUGCCUACCACAUGAUCGAGUUCGAGCUGGAAGUCCUCUCCUUACCUUCAGCUCCAGCAGCCGGAGGGGAGAGCGCUGUGCUGGGGACGACAGAGCCCCACUGGAAGCAUAGGGACACACAGAAGGCCAGCCACAGCAUGGCUACCACGGACCACAGAGUGUCCAUCGAUUGCCCGUGGUCCAUCUACUCCACUGUCAUCGCACUGACGUUCAGCAUGCCCUUCCGGACCACGCACUCCCUGCUGUCGGCUGGGACACGGAAGUAUGUUCAAGUGUGUGUCCAGAACUUGUCCGAACUUGACUUCCAGCUGUCAGAUAGUAAUCUCGUGGCUGCCGGGGACAGCAGCGACCUGCGACUCGUACCGCUGCACACGGACUCCCAGCAGCACGUCCGCAGCGAGCAGGCGGCCUUCUUCGUCUGGGAGCUGAAGUGGACCCGGGAGCCUCCCCCGCCCCUGCACGGCCAGUUCUCCGUUGGAUUCUCGCCGGCUUCUGAGCAACGACUGUCUGUCUCCCUAAAGCCCUAUACGUAUGAAUUCCAAGUGGACAAUUUUUUUACGCUGUACAGUGUGACAGCUGAGAUCUCGCCCCCACCGGGGGCCGAGCUCUGUAAGACGGGCGCCCUCUGCUCCUUGGAGGUGACCAUCACACGGCUCGCCGACCUCUUGGAGGUGGACAAGGAUGAGGCGCUGACAGAAUCUGCGGAGUAUUUUUCGACAAAGCUUAUGUACGAAGUCGUGGACAACAGCAGCAAUUGGGCCGUGUGCGGGAAGAGCUCCGGCGUCGUCUCCAUGCCCGUGUGUGCUCGGGCCACUCACAGAGUCCACAUGGAGGUGAUGCCCCUCUUCGCGGGCUACCUCCCCCUCCCCGAUGUCAGGCUGUUCAAGUACCUCCCCCAUCACUCUGCACACUCCUCACAGCUGGAUGCCGACAGCUGGAUAGAAAACGACGGCCUGUCAGUGGACAAGCACGUGGACGAGCAGCUGGACAGCAGCAGCAUCAGGAGCAGGGGCAGUGGGCACUCAGCCGCCAGCAGUGAGCACAAGGGCUUGCCCAUGCCCCGGCUGCAGGCGCUGCCCCCCGGCCAGGUCUUCAACUGCAGCGCGGGCACGCAGGUCCUGGUCGUCCCCAGCAAGGAUGACCACGUUCUGGAAGUCAGUGUCACAUGACCGCGCCCCGGCCGCACCCCCAGGCCGGCGUGUGUGCGCCUGAGGGGACCCGGCCGGCAGCUGUCUGCCGUGACUUCUAGCUCUAACCAGACUUCCAGGUCCUGCCCGGCGUGGCGGCCGCAGAGAGUGUUCGGUGUUCGGCUGGCCCACGGAGCCGCGUCGUUCUUUUGUGUUGUCUGUGGCGUGGAGUCCUCGCUGUUUUUCUCCGCUCCCGACCCCGUGCCCUGCUUCCUCUGGCGUUUGCCCAGCGCCCCACUCUGACACCACUCACCCUGCUCGUGGACGCGCUUUCCAGUGGUCUCUCCCACCCCACGGCAGUCUGCCGGUUCUGGGCGGAAGUCCAGGUGUGCGUCAGGUGUGCACAUAGCAGGCCUCGCUGUCUCGUUAGUGACCCGUGUGUGUCACACGGCUGCCCGGUGUCUGGACCAGGUGGAUUUGUAAGUCUCCUCAGGGGUAACACACAGCUCUUUACCCCACGUCAUCUGGUUGUGCUUUUCUCCAGUAACACCCCUUCUGGGCAGGUGGGUGGGGCUGGGGG